GUGCGGAGGGGCGGGGGCUUCGGAGGCCGGGGGAGCGCUGGGGCAGAUUUGCACUCAGGGCCACCUGAGGUACUUGUCGGUGGUGCUCACCUCUGUCCCCUCCCCUCUCCGAGACACGACUGUCGUCUUGGGGUAGGAGACUGUGUGUGGAGAGGUGGGCUGGUCGGAGGACAUUUCCUUUGGCCUCGCAGCAGGCAAGGUGUGGAGAGGCAGAGCCUGGGGUGGGGACGGGUCUUCUGGGCUUCAGAGAAGGAAGACCCCCCCGCCCCACCCCCCCGAACCCCCUCCUGCACUUCUACACUGGCUGACUGGACACUAAGAUGGCUGCCGUUGCCAUGACACCCAACCCUGUGCAGACCCUUCAGGAGGAGGCGGUGUGCGCCAUCUGCCUCGAUUACUUCACGGACCCCGUGUCCAUCGGCUGCGGGCACAACUUCUGCCGAGUGUGUGUAACCCAGUUGUGGGGUGGGGAGGAUGAGGAGGACAGAGAUGAGUUGGAUCGGGAGGAGGAGGAGGAGGACGUCGGAGAGGAGGAAGAAGUGGAGGCUGUCGGGGCGGGCGGGGGUUGGGACACCCCCAUGCGAGAUGAAGAUUAUGAAGGUGACAUGGAGGAAGAGGCCGAGGAGGAAGAGGAAGGUGUGUUCUGGAGCAGCGGUUUAGGCGGGUCCAACUGGGACAACAUGGACUAUGUGUGGGAGGAGGAGGAGGAGGAGGAAGAUCUGGACUAUUACCUGGAGGACGUGGAGGAACUGAGGGGGGAAGAUGAGGACGAAGAGGAGGAAGUGCUGGAGGAAGAUGAGGAAGAGGAACUGGACCCAAUCACCCAAAUUCCGCCGCCACCUCCUGCCCCUCGGAGGUGCUUCACCUGUCCCCAGUGUCGAAAAAGUUUUCCUCGGCGGAGCUUCCGCCCCAACCUGCAGUUGGCCAACAUGGUCCAGGUGAUUCGUCAGAUGCAUCCAACCCCUGGUCGAGGAAGUCGAGUGAAUGAACAGGGCAUCUGUCCGAGACACCAGGAAGCCCUAAAGCUGUUCUGCGAGGUGGAUGAAGAAGCCAUCUGUGUGGUGUGCAGAGAAUCCAGGAGCCACAAACAGCACAGUGUGGUGCCAUUGGAGGAGGUGGUGCAGGAGUACAAGGCCAAGCUACAAAGGCAUGUGGAACCACUUAGGAAGCACUUAGAGGCUGUGCAGAAGAUGAAGGCCAAGGAGGAGAGGCGGGUAACCGAGUUGAAGAGUCAGAUGAAGUCAGAGCUGGCAGCUGUGGCCUCAGAGUUUGGGCGGCUGACACGCUUUCUGGCUGAAGAGCAAGCAGGACUAGAACGGCGCCUCCGGGAGAUGCACGAAGCUCAGCUGGGAAGAGCAGGAGCAGCAGCCAGUCGUCUUGAGGAGCAGGCUGCCCAGCUAAGCCGCCUGCUUGCUGAGGCCCAGGAACGGAGCCAACAGGGGGGCCUGCGGCUACUGCAGGACAUCAAGGAGACUUUCAAUAGGUGUGAAGAGAUACAGUUGCAGCCCCCAGAGAUUUGGUCUCCUGACCCAUGCCAACCCCAUAGCCACGACUUCCUGACUGAUGCCAUCGUGAGGAAGAUGAGCCGGAUGUUCUGUCAGGCUGCAAGAGUGGACCUGACGCUGGACCCUGACACAGCUCAUCCAGCCCUGAUGCUGUCCCCUGAUCGUCGUGGGGUCCGCCUAGCAGACCGUCGGCAGGAGGUUCCUGAACAUUCCAAGCGCUUCUCAGCUGACUGCUGUGUACUGGGGGCCCAGGGCUUCCGCUCUGGUCGGCACUACUGGGAAGUAGAGGUGGGUGGGCGGCGGGGCUGGGCAGUUGGUGCUGCCCGUGAAUCAACCCAUCAUAAAGAAAAAGUGGGUUCUGGGGGUUCUUCUGUUAGCAGCGGAGAUGCCAGCUCCUCACGCCAUCACCAUCGUCGCCGCCGCCUUCACCUGCCUCAGCAGCUCCUGCUCCAGCGGGAAGUGUGGUGUGUGGGCACCCACGGCAAACGAUACCAAGCACAGAGCUCAACAGAGCAGACACUGCUGAGCCCAUGCGAGAAACCACGGCGCUUUGGCGUGUACCUGGACUAUGAGGCUGGGCGCCUGGGCUUCUACAAUGCAGAUACCUUAGCCCACGUGCACACCUUUUCAGCUGCCUUCCUUGGCGAGCGAGUCUUCCCUUUCUUCCGGGUGCUUUCCAAGGGUACCCGAAUCAAGCUUUGCCCUUGAUUAGCCUGCCACCCGCAGGGGCCCCCUCUGGUUGCCACUGGGGGGGCGGGUGGUGGUGGAUGGUUGCCCAAUAUAUUUGGGAGCUCAGGCUCCUCCCACUGUUUGUUACUGAGUUGCUUCCUGCUCCCCCUUGAACCCAGGCUGCUUCUCCCUCUAGGAGCCAAAAAAAAAAAAAAAAAAAAAAAACACGCCUCCUAGGUUUCCUCCAGCUCAGUUUCUCUCAACUAAUUUGUCUGACAAGGUCUGCAUGGGUCCCUGAUAAUCAACAGCUGCCUGACCUUCCCUCCCUGUCUACCUAGCUCAGUCCAGCCCUGGGUCCCAGUGUUUUGGAGUAGGGGGAUGAACAGAGAUCAUAAAUCUCAUUCCACAACUUCCUUUUUCCCCACCUCUACUCUUCAGGCUGUUAUUUCUGAGGCUGGAGGGUUUGGAUAAGACUUACUUAUUCCAAUUCCAUGUUUUGGUGCAGGCUUCAGCUGAGGGAUUUUGGAAGCUUUGUGGGGAGUCAAGUUGGGCAAAAGGGUAGAGCUGUGUAAAGUCUACUUUUUCUUGGGGGAGUAGGAACUCUUUUUAAGCUUUCCUUCCAUCCCCAAUUUCUACCUCCAUAGACUGGCCAGACUUUAGCUGCAGUGAGAUCUGGAAUGGUCAACAUGACACCACAUACCAUUACAUCACCCAAUAAAUUAUUUUCUCUGUAUCUUAGUUUUCUUAUUUAGGAGGGCAUGCCCCUCAGACCUCCAACCCCCUACUGCCAGGCUCUUUACUGGCAGUAAAUUUCGGUUUCUGGCCUCUCUCCAUGCCUUUUAGUUCCAUUGGUAAACCCUGUUGGGGAGUAUGGGACAGGGGUCUGGAUCCUUUGGAGAGCCUUGGGUAUAAUCUAUUUUUCUAGUAACCCCCUGCCUUCUGUCACUUAACAGCUUUUGUCCUCCGCUUUGGUGGCUGAGGUCAAUUCAUGUUCUUUGGGGAAAGGUGGGUUGCAUUGCAAAAAAAAUAAAGUUUAUUUGCUUCU